AUGGGUGAAUUUAGAAGGAUUCUGUCUCAGUAGCCGUUUACUCGCUAGUACUCACCGAGCUUUCUACUCGUUCACGAAAAGUACUCAACGAAUCGUCGUACUCAUCAGCACAUUACAUUCGAAUCCCAUCCUGAGAAUAUGCUGUCGUUUAUUCUAAUUGCUUUGAUACGUGUCUCCGUCAUUGAGUGUUAUUUGCAUCAUCUCGAAAAGGAUUACGAAGCGUGUUCGCCAUGGAUCUAUCACAUGAAAUUUAAAAAAUGCUACAAAAAGUUCUGCUCAGACCGUUACUACUUUGAUGCUGAGCUGCUGUGCAAGAGACUUGGCGGACAAUUAGUGACCAUUUGUAGUGAAGAAGAGAACUAUUUUGUUGCCAUGCUAUCGCGUUUCCAUAUGAGUGGCGAUGGUCCUAUAACUGAUCGAUUUACAUGGAUUGGUUUGAGACUGGAUGACGUUUUUAAACCUUGGUAUUGGAGAGACGGCAGUAAGUGCCCAUUUCGAAAAUGGGCAAGCGGCGAACCGACAUUCCUCUUCGACAACUACGCAGCUUUGGCUACCGUCUACAGAAAUCAGUACGACCAAUGGUAUGGUGCAACCAACCUCUGGGGAGGCAAGGCUAUGUGCGAAAUCAAGGACUGCACUAUUGAUAAAUUGGGCGUGUGA